AAGUAGAUCAGGGCGCGAAUCCCGUCUCUGAUUGGUCAAGCUCCGUUCGUCGGUGAGCUCUGAUUGGUGGAGAGGCGGAGCCAUAUAAGGGGUUGGUGGUGUGUAGCUGUAGCUUUGUGGGGCGUGUUGGUGUGUGAGGCAUUCGGAAGGCGGCAGCCGAGCCAGGAGGUUGGACGCGCAGGACAGGAAACAUGCGGAUGUUCGUGGCCGCGCUGCUGCUUGCAGCAGGCCUGUCUCUGGCAGCCGCUGAUGGGUACGGCUACAAACAGCCUGUGAAGUAUGCCGGUCCCAUCGUCUACAGCGGCGAGAAGCCUCCCAUCGUCCACUUCCCGGCGCCGCCGAGGCCCACGAAGGGCUACGGACACGGCAAGGGCGGCGGUCACAAGAUCCCGCAGUCCAUCAAGUACGUGCCGCUCCCCCACCACGAGCUGCCCGUGCUGAUCUACCAGUCGGACUCCAACCCUCCCGUCCACGUGGUCAACACCCCGGCACCCUACGUCGCGCCCAAGGCUCCCAGCAAGGGCUACGGCGCCCCGAAGGCUCCCUCUGGCAGCUAUGGCGCCCCGAAAGCUCCUUCUGGUGGAUACGGCGCCCCUAAGGCUCCCGCUUCUGGGUAUGGCGCCCCGAAGGCUCCUUCCUCUGGAUACGCCGCCCCUUCUAAGGGACACAGCAGCGGCGGACACAGCAGCGGACACGGAGGCGGACACAGCAGCGGACACGGAGGCGGACACGGAAAGGGAGGCGGAUACAGCGGCGGAGGCGCCAGCGCCCACGCUCAUGGCUCCAGCGACAGCGCCGUCUACAUCAAGGCUCCCCCUGCGCCCGCGCCCGUCUACGUCCCCGCCCCCGAGCCGCAGUACGUGAGUGCCAGCAAGCCCAAGCCGAGCUACGGUGCUCCGCACAAGCCGGCCCCGAGCUAUGGAGCCCCCAAGGCCAAGGGAUACCCCGCCCCCAAGCCCCAGUCGUCGUACGGAGCCCCCAAGGCGAAGGGCUACCCCGCUCCGCGUCCGCAGAGUAGCUACGGUGCCCCCAAGGCCAAGGGAUACCCCGCCCCCAAGCCGCAGUCUUCUUACGGAGCACCGAAGGCGAAGGGAUACCCCGCCCCGCGUCCUCACUCAUCCUAUGGAGCUCCCAAGGCUAAGGGUUACCCCGCCCCGCGUCCCCAUUCGUCCUAUGGAGCCCCCAAGGCCAAGGGAUACCCCGCCCCCAAGCCUCACUCCAGCUACGGAGCCCCCAAGGCCAAGGCUACCCCCGCACCUCACAUCAUCUACGCCGGUCACCCGCCAAUCCACGUCUACCAGCAGCCCCCUGUCUACCAGGUCCCCAAGGCUGCCCCCAGCAAGGGCUACGGACCUCCCCCUAGCAAGGGCUACGGACCUCCCCCUAGCAAGGGCUACGGACCUCCCCCGAGCAAGGGAUACGGACCUCCCCCUAGCAAGGGCUAUGGCGUCCCCAAGGCCCCCACUGCCAGCUAUGGCGCCCCUAAGGCUCCCUCGUCUGGCUACGGCGCUCCCUCGAAGGGGCAUGGCGGCGGCGGACACGGCGGCGGCCACGGCAGCGGCGGCCACGGAAAGGGAGGCGGCGGACACGGAAAGGGAGGCGGCGGACAUGGAAAGGGAGGCGGAUACCCCGCCGCCGUUCCGUCCAGCAGCUACGGCGCCCCCAAGGCUAAGGGAUACCCGGCUCCUCGCCCCAGCAGCCACUACGGCGCUCCCUCGAAGGGCCACGGCGGCGGUGGACAUAGCGGAGGGCACGGAGGCGGCAAGUACCCCGCGCCUCGCCCUAGCAGCGGAUACGGUGCCCCGAAAGCUAAGGGAUACCCGGCCCCUCGCCCUAGCAGCCAUUACGGCGCGCCCAGCAAGGGUCACGGCGGUGGUCACGGAGGUCACGGCGGCGGUCACGGAGGCGGUCACGGCAAGUACCCCGCGCCCCGUCCCAGCAGCAGCUACGGCGCCCCCGCCAAGGCCAAGCCCGUCUACCUCCCGGCGCCCAAGGCGUACAACAAGCCUCCCAUUAUUAUCUACCAGGGAGUGAGGCCCCCCGUGCAUGUCUACAAGGCCGACCCGAGCAAGGGUUACGGCGCCCCCAAGGCCCCGAGCUCUGGCUAUGGUGCUCCCCACAAGAGGGUUGACACCGAGACCCCCAAGUCUGCUGCCCUGGAGGCUGUCGUGCCCCGGAAGAACGAGGAGGCACAGCCUGUCGCUGCGGGUUUGACCCAGGAAGUCGAGGCUCAGGAGCGAGUUGAUUCGUGGCUGCCUCUGAACGUUGAGGGCGAAGAGGCGCCGGCAGCGGAAGCCACCCAGGCUCAGGCGAGGUCUGACGAUGGCGUGGAUACUGUGAUCGGCACCCCGGCGGUACAGCAGCAGGUUCAGGAUGUUGGAGAGCAGGUGGUCCAAGCUGUUGUCUCCGUGGGUAACUCGGAGUCGCAGUAGGGCGCGAGCAAGGGGAUGUUAACUUAUUAUUGCGGGAGGCUCGCCGCCGCCGGCGGUAGCCAGUAGAGGCGACUGUCUCACUACCCCGGCGCCAGCGGCGAUAGGUGGCGCUGUCGGCGCGCCGCAGGCCGUAUAGGUGGCGCCACUGUUGCCGACGGCGCCGGAGGCGCUCCCCAGUUAGGGGUUGGCGCCGACUCUGAGUCCAUCCGGGGCGUCCUCACGCCCCGCCCACCUGGACUCGAGUCACGAGGCCGGCGUGGGCAUGUGCGCAUGCGCAGAGCGUCUGGGAGGUGUGAUAGUGUGUGUGGCGUCAUUGGUUGCAUUAUACGCCGAGUACCUACAAAUACUCAGCUGAUGAGAGCUGUUGUACAUAGUAGCUUCAUUGUGUGGCUGAGACGCGUCACUGCGCAGGCGCACAACGCGCCGCGUGGAGAGAGCGUGAGAGUGAGUCGGAGAGAGUGAGAUGUAAUAUGACGAGUGUUGUUCAUAUUUGCAGUGUACUGCCCUGGUUGUAUGACCAAGGUACUGCCCAAUCCACCCUCCCGGUUGUUCAUUGUUGUGCCGGAGAUCGCUGCUUAUAUUGUUAUGUAACAUCUGCGCCACACUCGUCGCCGGCUGCUGCUACCAAAUGACGCCGGUGUGUGAAGUUUUUCCCCUACAAAUGAAGUAUUUAUCAUUCUUAUUGCUGACCGCACCACGGGGGAAGUGAUUGCUCAAUAAACCAUGCGAACGCAAA